CCACACGCUGGUGCGCGCACCUAUGGGGCGGGACGGGCCGCAGGAGAAUGAAGAGCGGGCUCUGCGGGACCUUUCGAGGGCGACGCGGGGUGGACGCGGGUGUCGGGUGGGGGGAUGGAGGCCGGAAGGGGCAGGGAGCCGGGCCCAGAAGCGCAGGCCCCCAGCGCCCAGCCUGGGGCUGGCCCGGGCCGCAGGCGGGUGACGGGCAGGAGGUCGCGGCGGGGAGCAGGCGGCCGCGGGCAGGUGAUGUGGGGACCGUGGUUCGCGCUGGGCGCCGGUGGGGGCCGCGAGGGAAGACGCCCCGAGCUGGGAAAGGGGUACCCGGUCCCCCGUCCGUGUCCGCAGAGCUCCCAAGGGCGCGGGGGCUCGGCACCCACCGCGGCGGCCCGGCUCUGGGAGUGAAGAGGCGGCACCGCGCCCCGAGGGUCGCCCCCCACGGCCUCGCCCGCCGUCCUCGUCUGGAGGGAGAGGAGGCACCAGCCCGGGUUCAUUCGUUUUAUUGAAUUUAAGUAUUUUCUGCAAAGUCAUUGCCGGCGCCGCAUUCUGCGUGGCGGGGGCGGGGGGGGCGGAGCCAGGCCGCCGGUUGCCGCGGUAAACAGCCCCCUCCCCGCCGCGGGAGCGGGGCCGCGGCCCCAGCCCGGGACACCGCCGCCCCCGCGAGGACGCGCCAGGCCUGCCGGGCUGCAGCCCAGCGGGGGCGGCGGGGCCCGGCGCCCGACCCCUGCCCGCGGGGGCGGCGGAGCGCCCCCCUCCCCGCGCCCCCGCCCCGGCCCCUCGCGCCCCCGUGAGCUCCCCCCGCCCGCCCCCCGCGCUCCGUGAGCCCCCGGCGCCCCGCGCCCCCCGCCCGCGCGCGCCCCCCAUGCACCACCUGCUGGAGCAGCCGGCGGACAUGGCGACGGCGCUGCUGGCGGGCGAGAAGCUGCGCGAGCUCAUCCUGCCGGGCGCGCAGGACGACAAGGCGGGCGCGCUGGCCGCGCUGCUGCUGCAGCUGAAGCUGGAGCUGCCGUUCGACCGCGUGGUCACCAUCGGCACCGUGCUCGUCCCCAUCCUGCUGGUCACCCUGGUCUUCACCAAGAACUUCGCAGAGGAACCCAUUUACUGCUACACCCCACACAACUUCACCCGCGACCAGGCGCUGUACGCCCGCGGCUACUGCUGGACGGAGCUGCGGGACGCGCUGCCCGGCGUGGACGCCAGCCUGUGGCCGUCGCUGUUCGAGCACAAGCUGCUGCCCUACUCGCUGCUGGCCUUCGCGGCCAUCAUGUACGUGCCCGCGCUGGGCUGGGAGUUCCUGGCCUCCACCCGCCUCACCUCCGAGCUCAACUUCUUGCUGCAGGAGAUCGACAACUGCUACCACCGCGCGGCGGAGGGCCGCGCGCCCAAGAUCGAGAAGCAGAUCCAGUCCAAGGGGCCGGGCAUCACGGAGCGCGAGAAGCGCGAGAUCAUCGAGAACGCGGAGAAGGACAAGAGCCCCGAGCAGAACCUGUUCGAGAAGUACCUGGAGCGGCGCGGGCGCAGCAACUUCCUGGCCAAGCUCUACCUGGCGCGCCACCUGCUCAUCCUGCUGCUCAGCGUGGCGCCCAUCUCCUACCUGUGCACCUACUACGCCACCCAGAAGCAGAACGAGUUCACCUGCGCGCUGGGCGCGGCCCCGGACGGGGGCCCGGCGGGCGCGGGCGCGGCGGUGCGCGUGAGCUGCAAGCUGCCGUCCGUGCAGCUGCAGCGCAUCGUGGCGGGCGUGGACAUCGUGCUGCUCUGCGCCAUGAACCUCAUCAUCCUCGUCAACCUCAUCCACCUCUUCAUCUUCCGCAAGAGCAACUUCAUCUUCGACAAGCUGCACAAGGUGGGCAUCAAGACGCGCCGCCAGUGGCACGGCUCGCAGUUCUGCGACAUCAACAUCCUCGCCAUGUUCUGCAACGAGAACCGCGACCACAUCAAGUCGCUCAACCGCCUGGACUUCAUCACCAACGAGAGCGACCUCAUGUACGACAACGUGGUGCGGCAGCUGCUGGCCGCGCUGGCGCAGUCCAACCACGACGCCUCGCCCGCCGUGCGCGACGCGGGCGCGCAGACCGUGGACCCGAGCGCCGACCCCGCGCAGCCCGACGGCGCCGCCGAGCCGCCCGUGGUCAAGCGGCCGCGCAAGAAGAUGAAGUGGAUCCCGAGCAGCAACCCGCUGCCGCAGCCCUUCAAGGAGCCGCUGGCCAUCAUGCGCGUGGAGAACAGCAAGGCCGACAAGCCCAAGCCCGUGCGCCGCAAGACGGCCACCGACACGCUCAUCGCGCCGCUGCUGGACGCGGGGGCGCGCGCCGCGCACCACUACAAGGGCGGCGGCGACGCCGGCCCCGCCCCCGGCCCCCCGCCCGGCCCCGACAAGAAGCCGGCCCGCCACUUCUCCCUGGACGUGCACCCCUACAUCCUGGGCGCCAAGAAGGCCAAGCCCGAGGCCUCGCCCGCCGCCCUGCCCUCCUCCCGCAGCCAGGAAGGGGGCUUCCUGUCCCAGGCAGAGGAGUGCGGGCUGGGCCUGGCCGCGGCCCCCGCCAAAGACGCUCCGCUCGCUGAGGAGGACAUCCUGUACCCAGCAGAGGCGGCCCGGGCUGUGCUCCCCUCCGGCGGCACCUUCCAUGUCUGCUCGCCCCCCGCCGCCCCCGCCACGGCCCCUCUGUCACCCGCCGGCCUGGGCAAGCCCGACCCCCUCGCCAUCCUGAGCCGCAAUGCCACCCACCCGCUGCUGCACAUCAGCACGCUGUAUGAGGCCCGGGAGGAGGAGGACGGGGGGCCCCGGGCACCCCCAGACAUGGGGAGCCUCAUCGCCAUCCCCCCACCCCAGCAGAUCCUCAUCGCCACCUUCGAUGAGCCAAGGACCGUAGUGAGUACCGUGGAGUUCUGAGGGCGCAUGGCUGCCAGGGCCCCCCCGGGGGACCCCUCCGCAUGACCAGGGUACACCGCCGCCCCCAGCACUGCCCACCCCAGCCUCCCACCCGCAUGCCUCGGGCUCAGCACCUGUCCCUCCCCCUCUGUGGCAUUGUUGGGGUGCUGGCUGGGCCAGGGGCUGGCCAUGAGCCCCCUCCCUGCACCAGGCGCUCGCUGUGAGAAGAGUUUAUUUUCUUAGUCUUGGGCCCAGGAUGCUGGCCAUGAGGGGUGCUCUGUGGGGGACAUGUGGGUCCGAGGUGUAGAAGGAAGCUGGGGGCAGGGGCACCACGGGCCUGGGACGCACAGCCGCUGAACCACUCUGUGCUCCUGGCUUGCCCGGGCAGGGCCGGAAGCCCUCAGGUCAAAGGUCAACAUGCACUUUCUCCUUGUACCCCGACUACCUGUACUUCACUAUGGUUACUGUAACCCACAAGUAUCUCUCUUGUCAGGAGACUUAGGGUGCAUUUAAAACAAAGGAUGUGUGUGUGGGCGUGUGGGUGUGUGUGGCCAGAGGGGGAGGGCGCCUGUGUGCAAGUAGACACGUGGGUGAGCGUGCAAAGCAUGCGUGAGUGGGCACCAGCGUGUAAGCAAGUGUGUGUGAGCGGGCCCAGGUGAGCGUGCACGUGUGAGACCAGGCAUGGGCGCCGGGGCGUGAGCAAGGAGAGGAGUCCAACGCAAUAACCACGUCCCCACCCGGGCCCCAGCCCCGCCCCGGGCCCACGCUGCUUCCCGCGGGAGCCAGGCGCGUGGCGGGUCUGCCCCUAUUACCUCAGCCACGGCAACAACGUGACGCAUUCACAAGGUAGCACUGAGCAUAUCAAUAAAUACUAUUCUGAUA